AUGCAGCUUCUACUGGUGUCUGUCUGCCUGGUCAUCUGCAGCUCAGCACUUGUUUCAGCCACAGAUCCCCACUAUGUGAUCACAGUCCCUGCUGAAAUAACACAGGGAUUUCAGGAGAAAGCCUGUGUUGUCUUCCAAGAUCUGGAGGGGGAAGUUCACUUAAAACUAGAACUGCAGAAAGAUGAUCAAGUUCAAGUUAUUGCUGAGCAAGAUAUAACCAGUCAUGACUUUUUCCACUGUUACCCUAUACAGGAAGUGAAAGUCAAUCUACCGCUAGGAAGGGAAAUUUACUCCUAUCUAAAGAGGUUUGAACUUCUCAUGAACUUGCCCUCCAAUGUGGUUUUUACAGAAAAAUCCUUUAACCUGGAGGUUUGUGGCAGUUAUACCUAUGGAAAGCCCGUACAAGGCACCCUAUAUGUUGAAGUCUGCUAUAAUUCAAUUGCGUUCGAUUAUUAUGCAUAUUCUUAUGGCACUGAAGAAAGUGAAUACAAAGAAGAUAACUCUAUAACAUGCAUUAAAACAAGAGACACAAAGACUGACAGUAAAGGGUGCCUAUCCAAAGAGAUCAACCUUCAAUAUUUCAAUAUCACACGGGAUAUGACAGAGCUACAGAUUUCAGCUUCACUGACUGAAGAUGGUACAGGUCACACAGAGAAAAGUAAAGCUACUCUCAAUCUCCUCAAAAGCCAGCACAUUAAAUUUGUGGAUACUGACUCUGUAUACCACAGUGGACAUCCCUUCACUGGCAAGAUUGUGGAGGGUGAUAGUAAAAAGCCCAUGGCCAAUGUGGCUGUUGUGAUAUCCUUACUUGAUCAUGAUGAUGAAAUUCAAACUGUGAAGACAGUAGAGACCAACAGGGACGGAUUGGCUGAUUUUAGACUCAAUACUGAUUCUUGGAAAGGUAUUUUAGCAAUAAAGGUAACUGGUGAUGACUCUGAUGAGGAUAUGGAAUCCUUUUUGCGUUCUGACCAUGUGAAGUGGCUCCAUCCCUACUACUCGGAGAGCAACAGCUUGCUGAAAGUGGAAACUAUAACAGACACCCUUCCAUGUGAUUCUGAUCUGUCGGUGAAAGUGGAUUAUCACAUCAAUAAAGAUCAAUUGGAUUCUAAAACAGACCACAUCUCAUUCUUCUACAUUAUACGAUCUGGUAUUGGAUUACAUACUCAUAAAGAAUAUAAAUUGGAUGUCGCUGAGCAACCAAGUGGCUGCACGCUCCAUGGGUCUUUCCCAAUAAAGAUUCAUAUAGAUGCCGAUGUGUUCCCACAUUUUUCUGUUCUUGUUUACACUAUAUUGCCAAAAGGGGAAACUCUUUCUGACCGCAACAGGUUCAAUGUCUCACCAUGUUAUAAGAAUAAGGUGCAGCUUAAGUUCUCUGAAGAAGAAGUCCUUCCUGGAGGUAAGGUGAAUCUGGAGGUUUCCGCAGAGGCUGGGUCACUGUGCAGUGUGCGCUCUAUGGACAAAGGAUACUUUCUUCAAUAUCCUUAUGAGGAUUACUCAUUUGCUAAUGAUGUUAUAAACAGUGUGCCAAGGUCAUUACACGAAUACACAUAUGGAUAUUUCUAUGAAAUUGACGAACCUACCCAGUGCCCGGAAAAUCAGACAAAAGGCAAUCUAUACAUAAUCACCAACACUCACAUCAAGUUACCGGUGAAAUGUGUUGCUGAGGUGAUCAGUGCUCGUUCUUCAACCACAAAGAAAAAGAGCGAUUCCAAAGCCAAAACAGAGAAGGGAAAGCGUACCACAAGGAGGUUCUUUCCAGACACCUGGCUGUUUGACUUAGCGUUGGUGGGACCAGAAGGUCACACUUUGCUAAACCUGACUACACCAGACAGUAUCACCAAAUGGGAGACAGAAGCGAUGUGCUUGGGAAAAUCUGGCAUUGGGGAAAUCAGAAAUGUUGGGCUUGUCACCUUCCAGCCUUAUUUCAUUGAACUAAUUCUGCCUUACUCUGUGGUACAAGGAGAGAAAUUUCAAAUUGAAGCCCAGGUCUUCAGCUAUGAGAAGCAAUGUAUUCUGGUAGUCGUUUCCCUAUCUGAGGCAGAUGGUAUCCAAACAGUCCAAAGCAAAGAACAAGCCCAAUGUGUCUGUGAUGGUCAUGCCACCUACUUCAGCUGGAAUGCUACAGCUUCAAAACUAGAUAAAAUUAAGAUUCAUGUAGACAGUGGAUCUCUGAAGGUUGAAGGGGAAUGUAUUGAAAAUGCUCUUCUAAUAACUGAGGAACACAGAGUGGAUUCUGUUGAGAAAACCAUCCUAGUUAAGGCCAGGGGAUAUAAAGAGCAAACCGCACAGACGCAUAUUUUAUGCCAUUCAGAUACCACAGAAAAGGUUACAUUUAUUGUAAAAACUCCACGCAGGCUGGUUCCAGGCUCUGAAUAUGCCCACAUUGUAGUUGUAGGUGACCUCAUGGGCAACCCAAUCAAAAAUCUGGAAGAUAUACUUGCAUUACCAGAUGGAUGUGCGGAGCAGAGCAUAUCCAAACUUUCUAGAUGUGUUACAGCCCUAGAAUAUCUACAGAGUAUCAAUAAACUCGCAUCUGAAACUAAAGAAAAGCUUCUGGAGGGACUAGUUGAGGGUUACCAAAAACAACUAACAUUUAAAAACCAAAAUGGCUCUUAUGGAUUCUUUACUGCAAGUACACCUACUACAUGGGUAACGUCAUUAGUAGUGAAAGGUUUUAGUAGCGCCCUGCAGUUUAUCUAUAUAGACGAGAAGCACAUUCUGGAUUCUAUUCAAUGGCUGGAAAGUAACCAAAUGCCCAAUGGAUGUUUUAAUGAUACGGAUUCCUUCCUUUUUUAUAACGAGGGUGAGGAGAGAAAAAUCACACAAGCUGCCUAUAUCCUCAUCUCUCUGCUGGAGCAUCCAAUUGCCCACAACAGAAACAUUGUAGAGAAUGCUAAAUCCUGCAUAAGCAAAGGAGCAGAAACUGUUAAUACACCCUUUAACUUGGCUGUCAUGGCUUAUGCCUUCCCCUUAUCAGGAGACACUGAGCUGAGAGCACUCAUGCUCAAACGCCUGGAAGAGCAUGCCCAGAAGGAUGACAGUGGAAUGAAGCAUUGGAAAGGUGUAGGCUAUCGUCACGGAGAUAUUGAAACAUCUGCAUAUGUGAUCCUGGCUCUGCUCUCGGACAAGAUAAUUACUCACAAAGAACUUGAUGAAUGCGCUGAUGUAGUCCGUUGGCUUGCUUCAAAACAAAACCUAAUGGGUGGCUACUUCUCUUCUCAGGACACUACAAUAGCUCUUCAAGCUCUUGCUAAAUAUGCCAAAGCCACCAGCCACGGGAAUGGAGAGUCAACUGUGACUAUUGAUGGACAGUCAGGAUUUUACAAAGAGAUUCAUAUAGACAAAAGAAACAACUUACUCCUACAAAUGGUAGACUUGCCAAAAGUCCCCGGGAUUUACACAGCCUCUAUCAAAGGAAAUGGCUGUGUUUACAUACAAUCCCAUCUUCAUUACCACCUUCUUCCUGAUGACCACAACAACCAAUUUUCUGUUAAUGUAACCACCCAACCAGCAGUGUGUAGCCAUGAGGCACAGACAACGUUCGAGGUCCUUGUGGAUGUCAGAUACUUGGGAGAACAACCUGAAAUCCAAAUGGUUGUGAUUAAAGUGGAACUUCUAUCAGGACAUUCUACCUAUAAAACGAGUUUUAAACAGGAUCUGAAGUUGGAAGUUCAUGACAGCAAAGAAAUACAGCAAACCUAA